CAGAGAAAAACCUCGAUCUAUAUAAUAAAUUCAUUGUUCAAUUUGAUAAAUAUAUCAUUACUAUUGAAUCAAUGAUAUAUUUAUCAAUAUGAUAUUUUUUUUCUUGUCUUGAACAAUAAUUAUUUAUAAGAAUAGUUAUUUUGUUCGUAUUAAUAAAACAUUAUCAUAAACCCUUGAUAAAAUUUCUCUUUCAAUUUUGAUUGAGGUUUUUCUUUGGGUGUAUAUAUAAAUAUAUAUACGUAAAAAAUCUCAGUAAUCUAAAUUGUGUAUUUAAGUUUACUAGAGCGUACGCAAUGAUAUCCGGCUUAGUGAAACCUAUUACGACCUUACCAUCAACGCUUCGAUGUUAUUCUAUUACACCUGCAAAGGGUCAGGACUGAAUAAAUAAUAUUGUAAAAGAAAAUAUAAACUAAUAUAUGUGAACAGUGUUCUUCAACCCUUCGUGCCGUCCAUUAUGCGCUCUUGUUGGUUACUUCAUUAACGCUGAGUACACUUUUAUUAUGUAACCGCUGAUAUGAGUAAUCCGCUAGUAAAUCCAACAUAUAUGAGUGUCAAGCAAAGCUUUUUAAAAAAACUAAUAGCAAAAUGAUAUGGCAAGCCAAAUGACGAAAUUUUUUCUCAGCUACACCGUCUAUGUUUUCAUAAUUAUCAGUCAAAUUGCGAUUUCGGGUACUCAGAAAUUCCACUGUCAACGGUGCUCCUUACAUCACAUUAAUAAGCGAUCAAGUGACCCUAUAUAUAGGUAUCAGCCACAAGUCGAUCCAGAAGGUUGUGAACAACCACCACUAAUAACACCUGAAAUAACUGUCACGUCUGUUCAACCACCAAAAAUCGCUGUAACAUCAGUUCAACAAUCGAACAUUGUAACAAAUUUCGAUCACUUGACACCAAAUCUAACGGUUCAACCUCCUACAUCUCAGCACCAUUUACUGCAUAAAAAUUUAUUGCUAGUUACUGGACAGUUGUACCAAGAAUUCAUAGAACAAUGCUCGUUGGCUGAGCGAGUGCUAAAUAUCAGUGAUCUGAGUGCCAAGCUAAAAGCAAUAGUUCCAGCAGCCGUACAGAUACGGCCUCCUAAUGAUUUCAUAGUUGUCCAAGUAAGCACACGUUGGAGGCCCGAUGUUCGCUUGUUGGACGUACUUGCAGAACAACUGGGAAACUUGUCGUUAUACGUAGACAAAAGGUACAUAAGCAAAACUAUAAUAAAACAUUGCAGUGACAUGGGAGAGUUACGAUGUUCACAUUUGGACAAUAUUGAACCUGUGUUAGAACAAUUGGAGACUAGCUUUCCUUGGCCCGAACAACAAGAAAAUAAAUGGAAACCAUUAUCAGCAUUGACACCUUUAUCCGAUCAACCAUCAACUGAAAAACAAUUGAAAUACCUCACUUGGAUGAUGUGUGUCCGAAACAGACGGCACAACCUUUACUACAAAUUGGAUGAGGAUUCACCACUAUCCUUCCCGAGUGAUCACAAGGAAGUGGUCGAAACAGACAAUAGGGCAUUAGAAACUAGCCUGUCGCUCAACGAUAUUCUGCCCAUAAAUCCAAAAAAUUACGACAAAAAUCGAGCACCCAAAGUUCAAGGUCAACCAACCAUCGUGUAUUUCCACGUGACUGUUUUAUCACUAGACUCCAUAAAUGAGGAAUCCAUGACGUACGUAGCUGAUAUAUUCUUGGCACAAAGUUGGCGGGAUCAACGACUAAGAAUGCCAGAAAAUAUGAGCGAAGAGUAUCGUAUACUGGAUGUUGAUUGGUUGCACAAGAUAUGGCGCCCUGACUGCUUUUUUAAAAAUGCCAAAAAAGUUACUUUCCACGAAAUGAGUAUACCAAAUCACUAUCUUUGGUUAUACCAUGAUAAAACAUUAUUGUACAUGUCCAAGUUAACUCUAGUUCUAUCAUGUGCUAUGAAAUUUGAAUCGUAUCCACACGACACUCAAAUAUGUUCGAUGAUGAUCGAAAGCUUAUCUCAUACAACUCACGAUUUGGUUUUUAUAUGGAAUAUGACAGAUCCCUUGGUAGUAAAUCCAGAAAUAGAAUUACCACAAUUAGACAUAUCUAACAACUACACAACAGAUUGCACAAUAGAAUACUCAACAGGGAAUUUCACUUGUUUAGCAGUUGUUUUUAACUUGCGGAGACGUCUAGGGUACCACUUAUUUCACACUUACAUUCCAUCAGCACUAAUUGUAGUCAUGUCAUGGAUAUCUUUUUGGAUCAAACCGGAAGCGAUACCAGCUAGAGUCACGUUGGGCGUGACGUCACUUUUAACUCUUGCUACUCAAAAUACUCAAUCACAACAAUCCUUACCUCCUGUUUCUUACGUAAAAGCUAUUGAUAUCUGGAUGUCGUCGUGUUCCGUGUUUGUGUUUCUAUCUUUAAUGGAGUUUGCGGUUGUCAAUAACUACAUGGGACCAGUAGCUACUAAAGUCAUGAAAGGCUACUCUGAGGAGGACAUCCGCAGCGGAGACGAAUUUAAGGAAUUGGAUCCUAAAAAUCGAAGCCCUAUUCGAAACAUACCAACUGUAGCUGCUACUCCUCAAUAUCCUACUUUUUGCAACGGCCGUGCUAUUGCCUUAUAUAUUGAUAAGUUUUCUCGAUUCUUUUUUCCCUUUUCUUUUUUUAUUUUAAAUGUCGCCUACUGGACAUCAUUUCUAUAAAAUAUUAUGUAAUUAAAUUCCCUUUUCUUUAUUAGAUUCGAUGAAAUUUUAUAUAAUUAGAUAAUAUUUGAAAAAAAAACUUAUUUGUUUAUAUAACUCGCGUUAAACUAUUUGUCAAUCUGAUUACUUUAUUAAUUAAAUAAUUAGUGGUUACUAUUUCUGUUUAUCAGUGGCACAAUUCAGUAUCGACUGUAUUUCACGCAGUCAAUUAUUCAAUCCGAGAGGGUUAAAGUAUAGCUUAAAGAAAUUUAAAGUUUAAUUUGGGGGUUCAAAAUAUUCACCUCUGGACUGAAACAUAACAGCACUCAUAUCCUACCUAACUAAACAUAUCAAUGAGAUGGAAAAAAUAAUUUUAAUGUCAAUAAAACAACUUAAUAUUCUCAUUUAUUUAUUUUUUUUUUUUGUAUUUUUCAUCAACAUAAUAAUUUUAUAAAUGAGUAAACAAUAGUUAAAUAUUGUAAUCUUCUAUCCUGUAAAUUACAUAAUUUUGUUAAAGCUAAAUGUAAAUAAAUAAUAAAUAGAGUUAAAAAAAAAAAUAAGUAAUUAAUAAAAUAAAUAA